UGAGCCCAGGGUUCCUCAGACACACAUGCUGGCCGAUCGUGUUUGUGUAACAGAGACAAAAUCAGACCAAGUGCUAAGAAUAAGAUGAGGACCCUGAUUCUGCUCAGCCUCUGUGCUCUGGCAGCUGUCUGUGUUGCAGAUUCUUCCGAAUCCAAUGAAAUAGAUGAUUUUCUGUUCCUCGGGAGGAGAGAUGCUAACUCCUUUAUGAGACAACCGAGACUUCCCAGCCACUGGGACAGCAGCAGGGGCCGAUUCAAGUCUCCAUAUGAGUUAAACCGGGAGAAGUGUGAGGAGUUUCAGCCGUGUGAGCGUCUUGCCAGGCAAGUAGGCCUCCAACGGGCCUUUGGCAAGUAUUUUGCUAAUGGCAGACAAAGUACCAGUGGCUACAGGAGAUUGAAGCCCAGGAGACAUCGAGGCAGUCGAAACAGGAGACAGCACUACAGAUACUAGGUUGUGCUACCCCUGGAACCAUCACCAAAAAAAGUACACACAAUUAAUAUUAAAUCUGCAAUUAGCAGGAUAAUGUUACCUGGGCUCAGCACCUGGAUCAUAGCAACUGAAUCUGAGAGGCCUGUUCUGGUCCAAAUGGAUUGGAAAGAAUCUCUUCCCCUGCCAUGGUAUAACAAUCCCCUCACCUGGUGGGCACUGCUUGGUAUCAUUUAUUUGGCUUUACUUAACAUCAUGGUCAGCAGUGUAACCUGUCCAGGCUGAAGCCAAGUUUCUUCAGGACUGAUUUAAUGGGCACUCAAACUGGCACUGACACAAAGUCCAGCUCCCACCAGCUCGCCAAGGUGAGACCGCCAUUGGAGCUCCUCUGUACCCCAUCACCCCCACACCCCCACCUGCAUUCAUCUAAACCCCUGUAAUCUAACUACAUCUUCCAAUUACACUCCACUGCCCCAGCCCCAGACCCCACACUGUAAUCUCAGCCCCUUUGCAGCCAGCCCUACUCCUCUGUAGAUUCACACCAAAUGAGAAAACAGUCUGAGGAGGUCUGAGGGAGUGGCAUUGAGCUGGAAACAGUGAGAGAUAGGAUUCAGCUGUCACUGAGAGUGAGCUGUGGCAGCUCACGGGAUGGGAAUGGGUAAGGCAAUUCCACUUCACCACGACACAAGAUGUAGCAGCUCACAAGCUCAUUCAUGAUCCCAGGAGAGUCUGAGUGAGUCCAGUGGUGAAAUGGUGAUGUUGCUGGAUUGAUGAUCCUGAUACUGCUCGCUCAAUGUUGUGAAUAAAAGCUCAGUUUUUAUUGUCUGUUGUAAAAACCAACUGAUUCACAAAUGCUCUUUAGGGAUUUAAGGAAACCUUCCAUCAAUAGCUGCAGUCUGGACCUAUACGUGACUCCAGUCUCACGCCAAUAGGUUGACCAUCAAGCGGUCUCUGCAGUGAUCUGCAAACUGGGCAGUUUCUAUCAAACAGUUGACAAUGGCUCAGGGAAAGGUUCCAGAGCUAACAAGCACAGUGGCUGUCUCAGUAAUAAAGGCCUGGUCCGGUCCAACUGCCCCCUAAGGCUGUGAGUGAUUCCACCAGCAGACUCGGCAUCGCCAACACAUAUCCCCCUGCACCUGGAAAUGUAGAAAUUCAAUCUGUUUGAUUCGCAACACAGGCCAAUGCUAGGAAGCCUCACAUCGGUUUUCAGAACCUUGGCACAGCCAAGAAAAAGACGAGACACUCAUGUGGGGAAAGAUGGACAAACCACCAGGAAGUGUCUGGCAGAAUGAGGACGGGAGCGACCAUUCACUGAUACUCAGACCCUGGGGAAGGGGCAUGCCCCCAGCUGAGGUCUUAAUGUAAAGUUGGGAAAGAGGCUGAAAUGUAAAGCUGUCUCUCGUCCUGCAGGGCCAGGCUUUUCUAUUUCCUCUGAUCACCGCUCUGCAGAAAAAUCCACGGUUAGAAAGGCAAUCAAUCCAGAGAAAUAUCAGCAAUAGAGACUGGGAUUUGAGGUUACAGUUUGAACUGGGGGUGAGGGUGCGGGUCAGUGUUUAAAGUCACACUGCAGGGUGGCAACCAUCUCGCAAUUUCUUAUCAAUGCUAACAUCAUAUCCCCUCCCCUGAUACCUGAUCGCUGGGUGACAGAUCCCUUGGGCUCCUGGCUCCUGGUAACAAUAUCCUUCUUGCUAAACAUCUGUAUUCAAAGCAGCCCGCAUUAUAUCAGCAGAGAAAACCAGAGACCAUAGUCAGCAAGGAUAUAUCUUGUAAAUAAAGCUUGUAGCCUCACAACUCAUACUGCUCCUAUCAAUGCCUGAAGCUUCCUGCCUCAUUUUUAUUCGCACAGUCAUGUGAAUCUGCAAUGACAUUUACAGAAAUAUGUAAUAAAGAAUUGUAGGAACUC